AUGUCUGGAGGGGAAUAUAGAUAUGUUUGGCGCAUCGCUUUUAGAAACUUCAUUAAUUCGUUUCGACCUCGCCAAAUUUCGGGUAACAAAAUAGGAAAAGAUUAUAUCGGCAAUGAGUAUUAUGAAAUACCAGCUGAUCCAAGUCGGGGUAAAAGAAAGCCAUCACGGUGGUAUGAUCCGCCAAAGGGCUUAGACUUUCAAGAUCCAAUUCCUUCAGAGUGGGAGGCAUGGCUUCGAAUGAGAAGAACUGAGCCGCCCACAGAAGAGGAGAUCACGAAAAAUUUAGCAAUAGCUGAAAUGAAGAAGAUUAAUGCAGAAAAACUUGAACAGGCAAGAUUAGCUGAGGGUGGUGCUUUACCAACACCCGUAGAAAGAGGACCCCAAUCUUACCCUAAAUACAAAGAUUAUCAUGUUGGAGAUGUAGAAGACAAACAUAGGAACAAAUAUUAG